CUGGUGAUCCUAGCCGGGGUCCUGCCCCUCAUUAUAUUCCUGUGUCUUCCAACCCAACGCUAGCUGAAGCUGCAAAUCGGAAGCAAAGCCAAGGCAAAGAAUAUAUACCUGCAAGCUCAGCUGUGUCCCCGGUGGGCACCUGACAGCAGAAGAAAGGAUAUGGCAGGAGGAUUAACCGCGGUCGAGGGCGGUCGGGUGCAGGACUACAGCGGUGGCGUGACAGUCUCCGUUGUGGUCAUCUGCCUCAUGGCCGCCUCCUGCGGUCUCAUCUUCGGCUAUGACGUUGGUGUCGCAGGUGGCGUGACGCAAAUGGAGUCAUUCCUAAAGAAGUUCUUCCCGGAGGUGCUGCGUGGGAUGAAGAGCGCAAAGCGCGACGCCUACUGCAAGUAUGACAACCAUCUUCUUACCGCGUUCACGUCAUCGCUGUACAUCGCAGCCACUCUGGCAUCACUGGUGGCGAGCCGUGUGACGAGAAGGGUAGGUCGCCAAGCCAUCAUGCUCAUCGGUGGCGCCUUGUUCCUCGCCGGCUCCAUCAUCAACGCUGCGGCCGUCAACGUUGCCAUGCUCAUCAUCGGCCGGAUUCUGCUAGGCUUUGGUGUCGGCUUCACAGCACAGGCGGCUCCCCUGUAUCUCGCCGAGACAUCCCCUGCAAGGUGGCGCGGAGCGUUCACCAUGGCCUACCACAGCUUCCUCUGCGCCGGCACAGUGAUCGCAAACGUCGUCAACUACUUGACAAACCCCAUCCCGGACUGGGGCUGGCGCGUCUCGCUCGGCGCCGCGGCGGUGCCAGCCAUCGUCAUCGUCGCCGGCGCCCUCUUGGUCCCGGACACCCCCAGCAGCCUCGUGCUUCGCGGUCAGCAGGACAGGGCCCGCGCGUCGCUGCAGCGCAUCCGCGGCGCGGACGCCGACGUCGAGGCCGAGUUCAAGGACAUAGUCUGCGCCGUCGAGGAGGCGCGCCGGCACGACGAGGGCGCGCUGAAGAGGCUGCGCAGCAAGGGGUACCGGCCCUACGCGGUGAUGAUGGUGGCCAUACCCGUGUUCUUCGAGUUCACGGGCUUCAUCGUCAUCUUCAUCUUCGCGCCGGUGCUGUUCCGGACGGUCGGGUUCAGCAGCCAGAAGGCCAUCCUGGGCUCCGUCAUCAUCAACCUCGUGGGCUUGUGCGCUGUCGUCAUGUCCUCCUUGGUCGUCGACCGCUUCGGCCGCAGGUUCUUGUUCCUCGCCGGCGGCGUCAGCAUGCUGCUCUGCCAGGUGGCCGUGUCAUGGAUCCUAGCAGCGCACCUCGGGAAGCACGACGCCGCAGCGGGGGUGACGAUGGCGCGGAGCUACGCGGAGGCGGUGCUCGUGCUCAUGUGCCUCUACACCUUCAGCAUGGGCUUCUCCUGGGGUCCGGUGAAGUGGGUGAUAUGGAGCGAGAUCCACCCGGUGGACGUGAGGUCCGUGGGGCAGGCCAUCUCCCUGUCCAUCGCCUUCGUCAUCUCCUUCGUGGAGACGCAGGUGUUCAUGUCCCUGCUCUGCAGCCUCAAGUUCGCGAUAUUCCUCUUCUUCGCAGGAUGGGUCCUGGCGAUGACGGCUUUCAUCGCGGCGUUCCUGCCGGAGACCAAGGGCGUGCCGCUCGAGGCCAUGCGAGCGGUAUGGGCACGUCAUUGGUACUGGAGGAGGUUUGUCGUCGUACAGGACGCUAAUAAGAUUCCAGUUGAGUAAACACUCGACACCGUUAGGCAUCCUUUGAAAUUUGACCUUCUGUUGGUCUUAGUUUUGGUCUUGGUUGGUCGAGAAAUUGCCCAAAAUUGAUAAUCGUUAGAGGAAUAACAGCUAGCUUUUGACCGUGUCUU